UCCGAAUCGCCACCCUUAUCCCUCCCCUCUCCGCUCGCACUUUUCCCCUCGCUCUCUCUUGACGGCAAAGGAUACUGCUCCGGCCGGCGAGUCACAUUUCCGGAGGGAAGAUGCUGGAGGAGUCGAUCCCCGCCAUCUGGGCGUCCAUGCACAGUUGGUUCACGCCAACCGUUCUGUUCGUGCUCCUCAACCUUGUUAUCGGCACCAUCAUCGCCACCUCCAGCGGCGCCGGGCAGAAAUCCAGCGGGACCGGGCAGAAAUCAGGCGACAAGCCUCUGGCGAGACCCCCCUCCAUGAUGGAGCGCGUCCGGUCCAUCAAUCUCCAUAAGCAAACCGUGGAAGAUGUCCCGGCAGUUACGGUGACGAAGCCCGCCGAGCCGGAGGAGAUAUCGGCUGUAGAGGAGAUCUUCCGAGACGGCGGGCAAUCUGGGGAUGGCGUUGCUGCGCUUAGUACUGGUGGCGGUGAUGGUGCUGGGGCCGACGAUGGCGGUGCUGCCGAAGAGACUCCGGUGAGACGUCGGAGGAUGAAAAAGUGGGCGAGCGAGAAGUUGCCGGCCACCACCGGCUUGGUUAAGGAGGAGCAGCCCAAUCGGCGGGGGGAGUCCGUGAGAGGCCACCGUAGGGUGGAAGAGUUCGACGAUGAUUCCGGCGGGGAGGAGGUGGACGCGAAGGCUGACGACUUCAUCAACCGGUUCAAGCAGCAGCUGCAGUUGCAGAGGAUGGAGUCGAUCAUGAGGCAUAAGGAGAUGCUCAACAGGGGCAGAUAAAGGGAGCCAACCCGACGAAACCAACCCCACCAUCUCCCUCCCUCCCUCUCUUUCUGUUGUUUUUGCUCUUUCCUCUUCGUUGGGAGUUAACAGGGUUUUACAUGUAGAUCUCUUUCUAGGCGAUCAAAAUAGAAGAAAAACGAAAGCAUAGUCCAAAUCCUCCAUGGUUCACUUCUUUGCUGCACCAUUGAUGGAUCUGUGAGAAGUAUCCUUUUCCUCAGUAAUUUUUUCAACCUUUAAAAGUGAAGAUAGGAAAGGAAAAGAUGGGGAUUUUUUAUCUUGGGUUUUUGGAUCAAAGCAUAUAAUUUUUGUUCCGGUUGUUUAUGAUGUAUUAUCAUCCACCAUUUAUGAACAUGGCAAUAGGACUCUCUCUCUCCCUCUCUUUAUA